AUCGUGGAGACUCUGUGAAGGUGAAUCACAGAGAGAGAGAGAGAGAGAGAGAGAGAGAGAGAGAGAGAGAGAGAGCGGCAGGAGUGUGCAGCACUUAUUACACGAGUCCCCUCCUCGUCUCCACACCUCAGCUGACGAGUCGAGCGAGCCCGCAACUUCCUCCGCUGACACACAAGCUCCACUCGAAAAGGGCAAACCGAGGAAGAAAGUCGCGGCGACGCGUCGAGAGUUUCCAGGAGGGAGCAUAGUUUGCAAAAACGCGGGAACCCCACCAGGCCAUGGACAGGAGGAUGAACCUGAGCGGCGGCGCAGGGGACAUUUUUCACAAAACUCUCAGCGCCGUGUCCACUAAGAAAAUGGACCCGUUCAGGUCGUCGGCCGGCAUUGAACUACCAGCCAGAGACCGCCAGUCGCCGAUGAGCUGCUUCGACCAGACCGAUCAGGACCCGAUUCAGCCGGGAGGACUCGCGGGAGUUAGAGGGGGGCCACUGGGUCUUCCGACCGGAUCUCUGUGCGUCAAGUACGGCGAGAGCGCCAACAUGACCUCGGCGGUGGAGAGCAGCGGCGGGGAGCAGAGCCCCGACGACGACAGUGACGGCAGGUGUGACAUGGUCCUUCUGGCCGACGGACGGACGGUGGCCGCGGGGAAAGAAGGAGGAGGUAAGAAAAACAAAGAGCAGAAGGUACUGAGGCUAAACAUCAACGCCAGAGAGAGACGGCGGAUGCACGACCUGAACGACGCGCUGGACGAGCUCCGGGGGGUCAUCCCCUACGCGCACAGCCCGUCGGUGCGGAAACUCUCCAAAAUCGCCACUUUGCUGCUCGCCAAAAACUACAUCCUCAUGCAGGCGCAGGCGCUGGAGGAGAUGAGGAGGCUAGUGGCGUAUCUGAACCAGGGCCAGGCCAUCUCCGCCGCCUCGAUACCGGCCACCACUGCGCUCGCUGCUCCCGGCUUGGGCGCGUACGAGCAGCCGCCCGGAUACCCCUUCCCCCUUCCCACCGGGGUGGCUGCGCCCGCCUGCCCUGACAAAUGUGCCCUUUUCAACAACGCCACCUCCAGCCUCUGCAAACAGUGCACUGACAAGCCUUAAGUGCGCCCGGCAAGGACUCGAGAGAAGCCCACACACACACACACACACACACACGAGAGAGAGAGAGAGCAGACGCCACUUUUAAGAACACAUGUGGAGAUGGUGUUGUUGAAGUCAGUAGGACCAUAGAGACAAAGACGCAACGCCGACGAAUACUUUUAUAAUAUGUACUUAAAUGCAUUGAAAAACGCUUUUUUUCUUUGUCCAAACAAUACUUGAUUGUGUACAUAAAUCAUCCUUAAAGUGCUGGUAUGAAUGGCAGUGGAGACCAAACAGAAGUACAGUAGGCCCGUAGGUGUCGAGUGACUUGUUCUGUUGUGGACCCUUUCGGAGAUUUGUUGGUGACCUGACAACUUGCGACCUGUUCACUUGAAGAGACGGACACCUUCCUGGAGAGCUAUAGUCCAACCUCACCGUCUGCUGCUUCCUCGUUCAUUUGCGAUUUUUCUUUUGUUUUUUUUGCUUUGAUUCCUCAAGAGACACUUGAGUUUUCGCUGACCGCGGACUGGGUCGAGGCCUGUUCUCAUGAACUUUUCUCUUGAGCACGUGGAAUGUCAUGAGCAAGGCGAUGUCAAAUGAAAACCGACAAGUCAACCGAGUCAAGUGGUGUGAUCGGUCAGAUAGUUAUGUGCUAUAUACUCCAGACACUUGUUCAAAGUUGCGCACGCCUAU